UUGUUCUCUCUCCUGACGAGGUGGGUGCGGAGGAAGGCGUUUCACAGCAGGUUGUUCCAUCUUCUGUUUUGGUCCUUACUUCUCGGGGUAUGCAGAUGUUGGUUCUUCACGUUGGGAGGGUGCUUCAUCUAAUGAUUUCCUGAUUAAGGAGGUUUUUCAUGAAGAUGGAUGAAGAUGAAGAAUAAGAAGGAUGAAGAUGAUUAAAGUUAUGUUUGUUUAGUUAAUUUAGAAAUAAAUUAGUUUAACUAACUAGAAUUAAGAGUUUUUUAACGGCCAAAUAUCUCCUCCAGGGAUUCGAUCCCAGACCUGGAUCCCUUCUCUCCCCAAUUCAUAUGUCCCUCAGCUCUUAACACUUGAGUUAUAAUUCAAUGACUGAAUACAAGACCACUACACCAUACCACAAUUUGUUUGAAUUAAGAGUUUUUGCAGAGUUCCAAUCAGGUUAAAAACAUAAUAUUCCUCAAUUUCAUUGACAAAAAAAAAUUCCUAAAUUUUUUGAUUGUUGAAGAAACUUGAACCGAUUGAGAAACUCAUGGAUUAACAUGUUUAUUAUUUAGUUUCAAAAAAAAAAAACAUGUUUAUUAUUUAUUAUUUACCCCUCCAUUAUAUGUCCCCAGCUCUUAACACUUGAGUUAUAAUUCAAGAAUGCAAGACCACUACACCAGACCACAAUUUGUUUGAAUCCCCCACCCCACCCCCAUACCCACUCACAUCACACCAGAAAACGAGUGACAGAUACACAGUCACAAGGAAACGCUAUUCCUUUUCUGAAAUUACGUAAUCACCCUUACCGUCCUGCUCCUUCAAAACAAAAACUACACAUUGUCAACCUGGUUCCGACAAAUUCACGUCGUACCAUCCGAGAUGUCGACCGUAAUGGACCAUACGGAUCAAAGAGUUGAAGCGAUUUCCCACUCUACAGCUUCACCAAAUCGGACUAAUCAUGUUUCAGAUAUAAGUACAGUCAAGGUUAGCAACAUAUCACUGAUGACUUCCAAGAAGGAUAUUGAAGAAUUCUUUUCAUUUUCAGGUGAUAUUCAAUAUAUUGAGAUGCAAAGGGAAUCUGAUCGCACCCAAGUUGCUUAUGUUACUUUUAAGAAUUCACAGGGAGCAGAGACAGCAGUUCUCUUAACAGGUUCCAAGAUAGCUGACCUAUAUGUCACAAUCACACCUGUGGAGAAGUACCAGCUUCCCCCUGAUGCUCUUCCCUCAAGUCCAACAAACCAAAGUGCUGCUGCCGUUAAGAAGGCUGAAGACGUAAUAAGCACCAUGCUAGCCAGGGGUUUCAUUUUGGGAAAGGAUGCAAUCAACAAGACAAAAUCCUUUGAUGAACGCCAUCAUUGGACCUCAAAUGCUUCUUCCACAGUUGCUUCCAUUGACCGUAAAAUGGGUAUAAGUGAUAAACUAAGUAUUGGAACAGCCAUUGUCAAUGAUAAGGUGAGAGAGGUGGAUGGAAGAUUUCAGAUUUCUGAUAUGACAAAGUCCGCAAUUGCUGUCGCUGAGCAAAAGGCGAGUAGUGCUGGUUCUGCUAUCAUGAGCAAUCCUUACGUAUCCACUGGAGCUUCAUGGCUGUCAAGUGCCUUCACUGCUAUUGCAAAGGCGGCAGAGGAUGUCAGCACGAUGACAAAGGAGAAGCUUGAACAAGCCGAGGUGGAAAAGAAGGAUACCAUUUACAAUGAAAGGAAAGGGAGUGUUGAUGAAUAUGCACAGAUGCACUUAGAUGAGUCUUCAGAUUGGGGUCCUGCAGUUGUUCCUGUUAAUUCGGACAACGACAGUAAGCUGUGAAUUCUAUAACUUGAACUCACGUGUGCUCACAAGCACAACGGGAUUGACUUAGUUGCAUAGUAUUUCUCAAUCUUCAGUUGCUGCAAGUUCGCUGUAUUAUGAAAUGUCUUAUUGAUUGUUUAUGGUGAUUGUAAAGGUGUAUCUUACAGAUGUUCUUCCUAUAUGCAAUCAACAUUCAUGUAAAAUAAUUCAUUCUUAUUUGUUUUUACCA